GCCUGCGCAACUUCCAUGAGCCCGCCCUUCCGGGCCCACCCAUUACAAGCGGAGGGGGUAGAAGGUCACGAAGAACCUCGGAGCGGAGUCAGCGUCAACCCCACUGCCCCUGGUGGAUUCCACGGCCUUGAUACCUUAAGAGUCAAGUCAAUCUGGGGUCCCAUCUUUGCCUUUUCUUCCUCCUUCCAUCCAUUCUCAGCCUUUCCAAGGUUCUCUCUCCCCUUCGCGCAGUGGUUCGACCCAUGUCCGCCAGGUAUCAGGGGGUCCUGGGUGUCGGUGCGCAUGCGUGAGCUCCAGCUGAGCGAGGCCGGGGCUCCAAGACCCCUGGCGCGAGUGCUGGUGCUUGGGGCCCGGGGAGGGCCGUCGCCAUGGCAGCGCCGGCCACGCGGUGAGGGUGCCGCCCUCCCGGCUGGUAGCUCCCGCAGCUUCACUGCCUGCUGGUGGGAACCGUGCGAUUCCGCCCCGACUGGGCGCCUGCCGAGUGCCUCACCAGCCAGACGAGCACCCCGUAAAGACUGCCAGGCAAUAAUGAAGGUUCUUUUACUGAAAGACCCUAAGGAGGACGACUGUGGCCAGGAUCCCUACAUCAGGGAAUUAGGAUUAUAUGGACUCGAAGCCACUUUGAUCCCUGUUUUAUCAUUUGAGUUUUGGUCUCUUCCCAGUUUUUUGGAGAAGCUGUCUCACCCUGAAGGUUACGGGGGCCUCAUUUUUACCAGCCCCAGAGCAGUGGAAGCAGUGGAGCUAUGUUUGGAGAAAGACAAUAAAACCGAAGUCUGGAGAAAGUCUCUGCAAGAAAAAUGGAAUGCUAAGUCAGUGUAUGUGGUGGGAAAUGCUACUGCUUCUCUAGUGAAUAAAAUUGGCCUGCAUACAGAAGGAGAAAACUGUGGAAAUGCAGAAAAGCUUGCAGAGUACAUUUGUUCUAGAGCUGGACCUGAAAAAGUCGCACAUCCUCCACUUCCCCGUGGACCAGGCCCCCUGGAGCUCAGGCAGGGGAUGGCAGAGGGACUUCCCAGGUUCCCAGUUGGCUCUCCUUUCUCCCCUUUUCUUUUAAGAACUAUUUUAUUUCCUCUUUCCUGGGUCACUGUAUGCGCUGUGUUAACAUCGAGGACGAGACGUUCCUGGGUGGUCAGCGUGUUCCUGACGCGCCCCCUGCCUCGCCUCAUUUGGUCCUCACUACCGUCCACUGCAGGCUGCACAGUCCAGUAUGGCAGCCAGGAGCCACAUGUGCCUAUUUAAAUAUAAAUCAAUUUAAAUUAAUCGAAAUAAAAACGUGGCUCCCCCGUCACACCAGGCACAGGCCACAGCUCAGCUGUCACUGGCGGCUCAGGCACCACAGGGGCAGCCUAGGGGCACCCAGCAUCACCCAGCGCUCUUCUCAAUGGUGCUGUUGUCCAGGCUACGGGGACCGAGUGACCAUCCAAGGUCCCAGAGCUGGGAGGGGACAGGCGGGAGGGCAGACUCCACACGGCACGGCCAGUGUCCACCCCGUGGGUCCUAAUGAGUCUUCAGUUCGCACUUGGAAUAGCAUCCACAUGAGAGUCCGUCUGACGCUGGCAGGACGCUCUCCUCGGUUCUCCCCAGGCGUUAAUGAUUUUCUCCCCCAGUCAGCUCUGAAGCUUGAUCUUUAAAAGCCAAGAAUCUACUUCCAGUGCUUGGAGUAAACAGGCCAGUUCAUAGUUAUUGCUUAUUUAUUUUACUUAAACACUUAUUUAUUCUGUCACAGGCACUGUUAUAAGCGCCUAAAGCUAUUAGCUCAUUUAAUCUGAAAGCUCGUAGUUCUGACAGACGGUUCUUCCCUCCUGGGCUAUCUCCGCUAAGGGAAAAGGAAGUAUCAAUACAAGUUAAGUGGUCCAAGGUAGAAGAGCAUUUCAACAUUUUGAGAGAGAGCGAAGGAGGGGGAGGGUGUCAGAGGCAGACAGAUUGUGCGGGUUAUUUGAACUGUCCCCCUGGACUUGCGCUGAGCUGACCAAGGGCUUGUCCCUGCAGCCUCGCCCACUUGCUGGGCUCUCCUUCUGUCGCCCAGUCAGUCUCGUGGUCCUAAUUACCUAUGUUAAGUGCCCACCGCCUGCACAACUGGACCCUCCCUCACAGCAGGCCUGAGAGGGCACGGUCAUCGCAGUCAUGGAGGGCGUGAGAGUUCUACAGACACUCACGUCUCCUCCAGCGAAAUGACAUUUACGCGCUCAGUCUAGUUCUUAAUCACCAGCAGUGACUGUGUACAGAGCUCCCGCUCCAGCUGCAUAACAUCCUCUUAGGACUUUCAACACAGCUGCUGUCCUCAGCCCGACAGCCCAGCGGGCCAGGCCCCCUUCCCGUUAAAGGAACGCGGAGCAGAGCGUCUGAGCCCCGUGGUUCGCCAUCCCGCGUCGGGUUAGACCCCUGCCGGGCCCCUGUCGCUCCCUGUCGUCCUGGGGACACCUCACCUCUCACCCCUGUGUAAUCAACCGGCUUUUACAUUGGCCUAUUUAGCUUUGGCCUGUUUGGGUUAAAAAUCAGUAGGCAGUGAGGUCAUCCCAAAAAGGAAAUUUUUUUAAAAUAAUGAAUCAUUUAUGUUCCAUAAACGAUCUUAUGACAAAGAGGAAGGGUUGGGUGGUUGAGCUAUGCCGUUUUUGGAGAUGCUGUCAGUUCACAUGGUGAUGAGAUGGGCCAGAGAGGUCCUCAUCCACCAGAGUUUGUUUCCCGUAAAUGUACCCAGUAAUCUGCUCCAUUGUUCAGUCAUGGAAGCGUCCCGUGAGGAGUUUUGCUCAGGACAUAAUCCAUUCGGGAGUGCUUUGGCUUCUUGGAGGAGGUUAGCACCCAGGAAGUACAGUCACGGGAUGUCUCUCCUCUCCUGCGGCAGGUCUCAACCAGGACAUUUUCAGGUUUUCCUCCCUUGUGCUGCUAUGGUGGUGCUUUGCCAUGAAGCCAGCUGAGCUGGUUGGUCCUGCUCGGCCUGCCUCUCCACCGGGCACUGGGGGUGCAGUGGGAAAAAGAUGCCUGCCCUGCACCAGGAUGUGCGUCCAACUCCCCAUCUCCCUAGUAGUGACCAGCAGUCAGAGAACACAGAUGAGCAGCUCAGUGCUCUGCUGGACCCGCAGAAGAAAGGCUGUGAAGGGCCGAUUCUGGAAUCUUCCGGAAGCCCCUUGCACACCCCUGGGGUUGAGGCUGCAGGAAAAGUAGGCCCCUGGUUUGGCUGCUGUCCUACAGCUGCCCCACAGCAGGUGCUGGGGAGGGUCUGUGGGAGCCGCUUUGGCCCCUAGGCUCCUGGACACCCCACCACCAAACACACACACGGACACACACACACUGGAGGGACACCUGGGCUCUGGUUCAGAAUAGCACCUGGUCAUGGCUUUGAAAGUGUGUCAUGAGGGAUGGCAUCUAUACUGCGUGAAAACAUUUCCUCACACUGGAAAAGAGAAAGCGGUGAACAUCUGUUAUCUACAGUAUAUUUAAAAGUUUUCCAAUUGCUUGUGUUCUUUUAUGUCGGUACUGUACUUACAGAGCCGUUUAAAUAAAACACUCGCUGGUUUGUAAUUAUUGGACAACUUGAAAUAAGGACGCCUACAGUCAUUCCUGUUGUUUAGCUGGGCCUUCGUGGAGAUGGUGCCGGAGGGGGAGAGCUUGGCUUGUUCCCCCCUCUGAUUGCAGGCACCGAAAGGGGAUGUGUUCAGAGAGAUCUUCCAGAUGUGAGGAAAUGCGUCUUUGUGCCUGACCAGCACUCGCCCCAGCUCCUUACAUCUGAUGGACAGACGGAAGGGGAGAGCGGUCGCCUCCACUAAAGUGCUUUGUUCUCACAGUGCGGAGGAUUCCCAUCUGACCGCCCAUCAGUUUUGCUGGGAGGUGGUGUCUCACACGCUGUCUCCACGGCUCUGCAGAGCGAGGCCUGCGGCUGAGUCUCCCAGGGCGGAGAUGUGCGCAGGGACAAGAGGCUGGGACCCCGCGCGGCCAGCCCUCGGCCCUCGGGCUCCUGGCCUGGCGGCCGAGAAGUGUCCUUACAGCUUCACUGCAGCGGCUGCCGUCUCCUGCCUCCUCGUGGCGGGAGCCCAGGCUCCAAACACCUCCCGGCCCAUCCGGGCUCCUCCAGAGGCAGAAACGGUUGCUCCAAGGCCACCACCAGGCCUGACCUCUAACCUGACUCUGGUCACUGCACUCUAAGUGGUGAUGGCUGCCCGGAGCCACCACGACGGGAGGGACUUAGGGAGCAGGGGUGACAGCAGCCCCGGGCUCUUGCGGAUGUUAGUAGUCUAGCGCUGUUGCCCACGUGACCCCCCUGAGCUUCCUCCCGCUCAUGGUCCUGGAACCAAAGACGCAGGGCAGGGCCCGGGGCUGUGUCUCCAUCUACAGAGUGCCUCUUUAU